AUGCCGGGCAGUUUGGUGCAGGAAGAGAAGCGCCUGGAAGUUGAGGCGGAGCCCCGGAAGGAAGUCACUGAGAGCGAAGGGGAGGAGUUUGGUGCUGCAGCAGCAGCAGCAGAAGAUGCAGCUGGCGGCGAAGGAGGCGCUGCAGCAGCAGCAAAAAAGAAGAAGAAGAAGAAGAAGAAGAGUGCAUCAGCAGCAUCAGCAGCAAAAAGUUUAGGGUUCUUACCUGCCCAAGAUAACUCUGCGCUGCGGUGUCUAGGCAGCUGGCCUGAAGAAAAACCCUCGCAGCAAACGGUUCCACCUACAAAAACAAUGCAGCAGCUCUUCCCUUCCGGGGACUUCCCCAAAGGGGAGAUUCAGUUGUACGCAUCUCCUCCUAAUGGUGCGGAAGCUCGCGAAGCCGAGCGAUUAGCUGAGGUAGAUAUCGAGGGUUUGAGAGAAGCAGCUGAGUGCCACCGCCAGGUGCGGCGUUAUGCACAGAGUUUGUUGCGGCCUGGUUUAUCAUUAACAGAAUUGUGUAACAAAUUAGAAGCAAAGACUGAAGAGCUAAUUGCUGCAGCAGGAAUAGAGAGAGGGAAGGGGUUUCCUACCGGUUGUAGCCUUAAUGAAUGUGCUGCGCAUUAUACUCCAAACCCUGGAGAAGAUCGGAUACUUGGACAAGGGGAUAUUUGCAAGUUGGAUUUCGGCGUUCAAGUUCGCGGCCGGAUCAUCGACUGCGCGUUUUCCAUCGCCUUUGACCCCAAAUUCGAUCCCCUAAUCCAAGCCACCAAGGAGGCGACGAACGCGGGUUUGCGUGCAGCAGGUGUAGAUGCGCGUUUAUCAGAGUUAGGGUGUAUAAUAGAAGAAACAAUUAAUUCUUUUGAGAUGCAAUUAGACGGGCAGACAGUGCCGAUUAAACCCAUUAGAAAUCUUACCGGCCACUCUAUUGCUCCUUAUAGAAUACACGCCGGCAAAUCAGUGCCUAUAGUAGGAAGCAGCGUGCACAGCAGUUCUUUAUCAAACCGCAUCGAAGAGGGUGAGGUGUAUGCGGUAGAAACAUUUGCAACGACAGGCAAAGGCAGCGUUCAAGAGACAGCAGAUUGUUCGCAUUAUAUGAAGAGCUUUGAAGCAGGCUUUAUCCCCUUGAGACUCAAGACCACUAAAGAUCUGCUCAAGCUCAUCGAUGAGCGCUUCGGGACGUUAGCAUUUUGUCGUCGUUGGUUGCAUGCAGCUGGGGCUGUCUCUCAUCAAAUGGCGUUGCAGCAAUUAGUAAAGUCGGGUUUAAUUGUACCUUAUCCCCCUCUCUCGGAUGUCUUUGGGUCUUACACUUCUCAGUCUGAGCAUACUAUCUUCAUCGGAGCAAAGAGCACUGAAAUACUCUCCAGGGGACCCGACUUCUAA